GUUCCCAACUCGGAGAGUGAGCCAGCCGGUAAGCCAAACCGGCGUUUCUCUCAGAAACUCGACUCCAUGCGCGACCUCUUCCACUUUAAAGGCGGCCAAGUGACUGUCGCUCGCAAAGUCAAAAACCCACCUUGCCGCCGCACCUCUGAUGCCUCCACUAGCACCCUCCGUCCAGACGAUCAGGGCAUGCAGGACACAGAGGCACGUCGUUAUUGUGCUGCUCAGCUGCUGGCCGCAAUGUCGGACAGCUUCCUGGCUUACACCGAUCCCGCUAAUGGCCCGGUAGCGGUGUCCUCUCUGCAUGCCGUCUUCACCGAGAACGUGGCUCGUCUGAUUGCGGUGGCAGACCACGUGUCUUUGCGGCGGGCUCUUGCCAAUUGGUUCCUGCAUAUUGUCAGCCCUCUUGUUGAUUCCCCCGCCGUUUCUAUCACAAGUGCUUCGUCCUAG